GCCUUCGUGUCCAUAGCGACGGCGGCGGCGGCGGCCGUCGGCUUGCUUAAGAAGGCGCCGCCGCCGCCAGGAUCUCGGAGCUAGGAGUUAACCCCGAGGGGGAGCGGGCUCCCCCUCGCGACGGCGGGGACAGACAGUCCUGUGGAACGACGAGACAGUCCCCGACGUCCAGCAACGCCCAGGAAGAGCCGCAGCGAACGAGCGGCGGCCAUGAGCGACCAGCUGAGUCCAGCCCCGGGCCGCUAGGGGCAGCUCCAGCAGCCCCUGAGCUCUCCUCGAAACCUCGGAAUCUGAGAGGAUGGAGCCCAAUACCUGUAAGACCAGUGAAUCUGAGGAAGAUGAUAUUGAGGAAGAAGAAUCUGAGGAAGAAUGUGUUAGAGAGGAAUCUACCACCCCUAACUCUACCCAGCAGGGACUUGGAAAGGCUGACUAUAAAGAAUUUGAGAAUGGGGUUGCCUUAUCUGUUGUAGCCAAGAAAAUUCCAAAGAAAAUAUUAAGUGCAACAGACACAGAUGAUUUGGAAGUUGGGAGGAGAAAAAGAAAGCGGAAACGAAGACCCCUGGCCAUCAACCUGACCAACUGCAAGUAUGAGAGUGUGCGCCGGGCAGCCCAGAUGUGUGGACUGAAGGAAGUGGGAGAGGAUGAAGAGUGGACUGUGUAUUGGACAGACUGUUCUGUCUCACUAGAACGAGUCAUGGACAUGAAGAGGUUUCAGAAAAUCAACCACUUCCCUGGCAUGACAGAAAUCUGCCGCAAAGAUCUGCUGGCUCGGAAUCUCAACCGCAUGCAGAAGCUCUACCCUACUGAGUACAACAUCUUCCCACGCACCUGGUGCCUCCCUGCAGACUAUGGGGACUUCCAGGCCUACGGUCGUCAGCGGAAAACCCGCACUUAUAUCUGCAAGCCAGAUAGCGGCUGUCAGGGGCGUGGCAUCUUUAUCACCAGAACCCCCAAGGAAAUCAAGCCAGGAGAGCAUAUGAUCUGCCAGCAGUACAUCACCAAGCCCUUCCUCAUUGAUGGCUUCAAGUUUGACAUGCGAAUCUAUGUUCUGAUCACUUCCUGUGACCCUCUCCGGAUCUUCAUGUACGAGGAAGGCCUGGCCCGUUUUGCCACUAUGCCAUAUGUGGAACCUAGCCAUAACAACCUGGAGGAGGUCUGCAUGCACCUGACCAACUAUGCCAUCAAUAAACAUAAUGAGAAUUUUGUUCGAGAUGAUGCUGUGGGCAGUAAGAGGAAGCUGUCGACACUCAAUGCCUGGCUGCGAGAACACAGCCACGAUCCCCGAGAGCUGUGGGGGGACAUCGAGGACAUCAUCAUCAAAACCAUCAUCUCAGCCCACUCUGUGCUUCGCCACAACUACCGAACCUGUUUCCCCCAAUAUCUGUGUGGAGGAACAUGUGCCUGCUUUGAGAUCCUGGGGUUUGACAUCUUACUGGACCACAAGCUCAAGCCCUGGCUUCUAGAGGUAAACCACUCCCCAAGCUUCACCACAGACUCACGCCUGGAUCGAGAGGUGAAAGACGCACUUCUCUGUGACGCUAUGAACCUUGUCAACCUCCGGGGCUGUGACAAAAGGAAGGUGAUUGAAGAAGAGAAACGUCGAGUCAAGGAGCGGCUUUUCCCAUGCCACCAACAGCCACGAGAAGCCAGGCGAGAACAGAUUGAGUUAUCCCAGGCUGCCUUGCAUGACCAGGAGCGUUAUGAAGAUUCCCACCUAGGGGGAUACCGGCGGAUCUACCCAGGGCCUGACUCAGAGAAAUAUGCACCCUUCUUCAAGCACAAUGGCUCCCUCUUCCAGGAGACUGCUGCCUCCAAGGCCAGAGAGGAGUGUGCCAGGCAGCAACUGGAAGAGAUUCGCCUAAAGCAGGAACAGCAGGAGAACCCAGGCACCAGGAAGCGCAAGGAAAACAAAGAGCAGAACCAGGGAGAAUCAGCUGGGGAGAAAAGCCGAUCCAGAGCAGCUACACGGGUCCUUGCCACCAGCCUGGCUUUCAGGAACCGGAACCGGGAGAAAGAGCUGCUACCAGUACAACUGGACACGACGCAGCCUCAGGACAUUGUGGAAGAGGAAGAGCUUGAGCGGAUGAAGCUCCUGUUACAAAGAGAGAAUCUCAUCCGAAGCCUGGGCAUUGUAGAGCAGCUCACUCGCAUGCUGUACCCCAGCCACCGGAGCCACAGAAAGCUUCAUGAGUAUCGGCCUAGAUUUCACCAGGACGGGCUGAGCAGUCAAGAACUGCAACCUGUGAAUUUGGUCCCAUUGGUGUUCCUGAGAGGGGCUGCCUCAGAGCAGAUCCCUCCUCAUUUCCUGCAACCACUUCGGCCCCACGAAUUGAUCCCCAGGAUCUUAGGGCCACUAUCAAGCAUGAAUCCCGCAAUUGCACAGCAUUCCCGGUACCAUCUUCAGCCCAAGAACUUCAACUGGAUAGGAGAUUCAGCAGCCACUGGCCCCUGUUCAUUGUCAAUGAAGAAAUCUGGGAGGCACUAUUUUUCCAGCUCUAGAGUCAGGCUCACUAGCCGUAAAAGAAGGAAAGCCCAGCAAUCAACCAAAAGAGUAAAUGGUCUUCAAUCUUUGCUAAUUGAAAGACUGCCAACAAGUUCCAGUUUGAAAAGCUCUGGCCAGGACCUUUGUUUGCAAAAGGCAAAACACGGAGAUACAAGAAUUCUUCAACAUUCUAAGAUUCUUUGGGGAUCGGUAAAGACUAAAAGAUGAAGAGCUAAGGCCAGCUUGUAUGCAUCUCUGCUCAUCAAGUCUUAGGCUGAGUUUAUCCCUAAGCGAUGGGUCUGAACCCUGGGUGUGGCUUGGGGCUGGAGGUCACUGGGCAACAAGGAGUUCCUUUCUCCGAGGAGUCAAAAGCCCAAGGUACGGUGUAGUCGCCAUCAGAAGAUUGCUGAGGGUUUGCCCUUCCUGCCACAGUGGCAGAAUCAGGCAGGCCUGGGCAGCCUGUGCCAGAGGGGCAGCUCUGGGCAACUGAACCCGUCUUUUUAUUAAAGUUUAUGUCGUUUUCCAGG